CACAAACUCCUCUCUCUCCUGCUGUGUGCCAGUCCCUCUCUCUCCCUCCACUUCCUCAAAGUGGCCAGAGGUCCUCUCUCUUGUCCUCUUUACAUCCCUCCACCACUCUUUCUCUCCCUCCUCCAGCCGUGAGAGCAACCGGCCCCGGCUCGGCCCUGUUCGUCUUCACUCCUGCGUGCUGAAAGGAUCUCGGGCUGCUGCUUUUCACAAACUUCUCCUGAAGACUUCAUUUUCAUUCUUGACCCUUUUUAUUUUUCGGGUCCUUAACCCUUCCCCUCCGGAGAGGCUGCUCGGUGUGCGUCCGGCGUGUGCGCGGCGGCGUGUGCGAGGGUUCUGGUGUCACGCUCUUUGCCCCGAGGGAGUCCCUAAAGGUUGUGACUGAAGGAGAGACGUUUUCACCACCAUGAAUGUUCAGCUGCUGCUCCUGGUGGCCCUGGUUGGCCCUUUCUGCGCCUACACACAUGCAAGCCCCACAGCUGUCCCUACAGAGUCUGAUGUCGGGGUCACUCAUUUCCUAGCAGACGUCACUGCUGAAGCUACCGAGAGCGCAAUAGAUGACCUUACCGUUGUCACUGGUCCCCCUCCAACCGACCCAGUGGCAGCCCCCGAACAAUUGACAACAGAAGAUGCCCCAUUGGCAGCUGCUUCCCCUGCGCUCAGCACUGAGGAGCCCGUCGCUGAGACAGAAGCCCCCACUGCUGUGCCUACUCCAGCACCAGAGCCCUUUAACACUGACUCUCCUGCUGUGGAGACCGCAGCCCCCUCUGAUGCAACAGUGGCUGAGGUCCAACCCGAGGUGACGGCAGGGGAGCCGAGUGAAGGGGUGGUCGUAGAGGAAGGCGAAAAUGAGAACCUGACGUCUGGCCAGGUAGUCGGCAUCGUGAUUGGCGCUCUGUUGGCAGUGGUCAUCGUCAUCGCCGUGGUGAUUGCCGCGGUGAGGAGGAUGGGCAAAUACUCCCCUUGAGGAAAAAGUCGGCCAAGCAGCAGGAGCGCCCGAAGUUCUGGAAAUUCUGAACUACUGAGCUGUGACGUCAUUUCCGAUCAAGAAAACAAGCACGAUACCAGAACUAAACUCAUCCGACCAGGACCUCUGGACUGUUGCCAAAAAAAAAAAAGAAAAAAGUGAUAAGAGGGGGAGGCUUG